CGGGUAUUCGAGGUCGCACCGCCGCAGUCGCUCGUCCUCCAUCUCGACGACCACCUCGACCAUGAUCCCGGCAUGGAUGUCUACAGCGGCGUCGGUGGGCAUGGCCGUCGGCCCGCCGCUCGUGUACGCCGACCAAGCGUACUCUAUUGUCCGGAAGAAGGACUCUACUGGGUUCUCGCGUGAUGUCUGUGCUAUACUGUUGUUGGCGAACAUCACCCGGUGCUUCUUCUGGCUCGGGAGCCGCUUUGAGACCGCGUUGCUGCUGCAGUCAAUAUUCAUGAUAUUUGCCCAGCUGGCCCUGCUGUACAUCUGCAUAAAAUAUCGCCCUCAUACGAGCCCCGAAAACAUCGGUGCAUCCUCGCGCCCGUUCUCGUUCUGGCAGUGGCCGACGUACACGCAAUAUAUUGAGUUUUUGGCUGGGUUCAUACUAUGUCAAGCGAUCCUAUUCCUAAUCUUCGGUCGCUCCCAACCAUUCGUGUUCAUCUUGGGCAUGGUAGCGUUGGGUGUGGAGAGCACAUUGCCAAUACCUCAAAUGAUUAGCGCUCCUUGUAUGGGUUCAGACUGUCAACGCUGCUUGGCUGGGUAGGCGGAGACGCCUUCAAGACGGUGUAUUUCUUCCUACAAAAUUCACCACUGCAGUUCAAGAUAUGCUCCAUCU